AUGGGAAUACGAAAAGUGAAAAAAGCGGACUACAUUCCAUGGAGUGCCGAAGAAGAGGAUGAUCUCCAGGAGUGGGCUGCACGAUACGCGCAUUUAUCCUGGAAGGAGAAAUGCGAGGAAUACUUCAGACAACACGGGAAAAGGAGGUCUAUCAACUCGCUACGAAGCAAGCUCGAGCAGCUAGAGAAGGGCAUACGACGAAGACGCCCAGUCGGCCACAGAGCAACUCAGCGAGCUGGACCAGCGAAACACCACAGCAGGUGCCGUCAAAGAAGCUUUUUGGAAACCAUUCCUGCUGCGCCUCCCCCACUCAUCUUUCAAUCUCCUGAUCCUUACGCUCGCCAAGUAUUGCAGCAAUGGCAUCAGGUCGAGGCGGAUGGCAACUUUGCGUUAACAGAGAGGGCGCCAUCAAGUGAAGAGGAGCCUAUGUCCCCAAUGACACCGCUAAGUCUGGGAGGAUCAAGCUCACCGAACAACAUUACGAAGGAAGUUUUCUAUGAGAGGGCCUCCGAGUCGCUAUUUGUCUCGCAGCAACCUUGGAGGCCGUCAGAUAUGAACGCAGGGAGACUGGGUAUCGCAUGA